GUUUAGGGCGAUUGCUUUGUACGGUACGCAGUUCAUCGGGUAAGGGUGGGAUUGCUUGUUGCAAUGAAGUCCGUCCCGUUCCAUUCUCCUUCCUCGUCGUCUCCGUGAGAUUUGAUCUCUCGUUUAAUCCAAUCUCGCACUAAUCGUUAGAUGCUAGCCAAUUACUGUCGUAAUCAAUUCUCCGCUCAUCACCAGUUCAUCCCCGGUGGGGAAAAUCCAUAGCGAUUUUUGGUCUCUACCACCAUCCCGUAACUUUCCUUUUCUCCUGACCUAGCCGAGCUCCAAUCCAACCCAGUCGCUGUGCCCUAGCCUAGUGUCACCGCGACGCCUCACACCCGCGACCCCCCCUCCGCCUCUCACGCGCCUCGCCGCCGUCGCCGUCGCCGUUUCCGUUUUCCCUCAUCGCCUCCCUUCUACCCCUACCCCGUUCGUAAUUCUGGAUAUCGGUUUUUGAGGUAUGAGAUUCAGUCCCAGGCGAUGAUGGCUUAAACCGAACCGAACUCCACAGAUUUAAUUUUGGGUGUGUCAUAUAGAUCCGCCCUCGGUGUUCGGAGAUUCGCCGUGGGGCAGCAGCGGCAGAGAUGAUCCGGCUGCAGACCUACGCGGCGUUCAGCCUGCUGGCGACGACGACGGCGGUGUACUACGCGUUCAGCAGCCGGGUGCAGUUCUACCCGGCGGUGGUCUACCUCUCGUCGUCCAAGAUCUGCUUCGUGCUGCUCCUCAACACGGGCCUCGUCGCCAUGUGCGUCGCCUGGCAGCUCGUCAAGCGCGUCUUCCUGGGCAAGCUCCGCGAGGCCGAGGUGGAGCGGCUCAACGAGCAGUCGUGGCGGGAGGUCGUGGAGAUCCUCUUCGCGGUCACCAUCUUCCGCCAGGACUUCUCCGUUGCCUUCCUCGCCAUGGUCGCCGCCCUGCUCCUCGUCAAGGCGCUGCAUUGGCUCGCGCAGAAGAGGGUCGAGUACAUUGAGACCACGCCCUCCGUGCCCAUGCUGUCGCACUUAAGGAUUGUGUCCUUCAUGGUGUUCCUGCUUGCUGUUGACUGCAUAUUCCUGUCCAACUCGUUGAUGUCACUGAUAAAGAAUUGGGAGGCCUCUGUUGCAAUCUUCUUUUCAUUCGAGUAUAUGAUACUAGCAACAUCCACGGUGUCGACAUUCAUGAAGUAUGUAUUCUAUGUCAGCGACAUGCUAAUGGAAGGUCAAUGGGAGAAAAAGGCAGUGUAUACAUUUUAUUUGGAGCUCAUCAGUGACCUUGUGCACUUGUCUUUAUACAUGCUCUUCUUCAUAGCUAUCUUCCUGAACUAUGGUGUCCCGCUGCACUUGAUCCGUGAGCUGUACGAGACCUUCCGCAAUUUCAGGAUUCGUGUUUCAGAUUAUGUACGCUACAGAAAGAUAACUUCCAACAUGAAUGAACGCUUUCCAGAUGCUACUGCCGAUGAGCUCAAUUUGAGUGAUGCUACAUGUAUUAUUUGCCGCGAAGAGAUGACCACGGCAAAGAAGCUGCUCUGUGGGCACUUGUUCCAUGUGCAUUGUUUGAGAUCAUGGCUAGAGCGCCAACAUACUUGCCCCACAUGUAGAGCACCAAUUAUCCCCCCGGACAAUGGACGUGCUGCAUCAGCGCGACAGCAUGGAGCUCAACGGGGAGUUCAGCUUGCUGCAGGCGCUGGUACUCCAGGUUCGGGAGGAGCACCAAGUGAGAACGUGAACAUGCGCCAAGCAAAACUUGAGGCUGCUGCUUCAGCUGCUUCCUUAUAUGGGAGAUCUUUUGCUUAUCCAACAAACACUUUAAAUAGGUAUUCGGGACCUCGUCAUGCUACAUCAAAUGCUUCACAAUCAGGAGAAGCAAGUACUUCCAAUCAAUCCCAGACAGACCAAUCAGUGCAGUGGAAGCAUACUGGGGAUGCUUUAGAACCAGAGCCUUUUAUUUCAUAUGGCCCUGUUGUCCCAAUAACAAGCAACGGGGACCUUGAAAAUUCACUACAAAAGGCGUACGAGAAUGCUAUAAGGAGCCAGAUAGAGAUAUUGCAAAUCCAAUUGCAAAUGGUGCAGCAAGGAGCUACGACAUUGGCAACUGACAACAACAAUGCUGAUCGAGCACCCGACCCGAAAAAUGAGUGAAGUGGUAUAUAUGGGGACAUGGAGUCUGGAUGAGGAAAGGAUUUAGAUGGAGAUUCGGCAAUACUUGACUCCUGAAAGAAGAAGAUGCCAACCUGGUCAAGGGAGCUGUAGAUGAACUGAAGAGUAAUAUGCUGUGGACCGGUUGAAGACGCUUGGGAUGGCCGGUCAAAGUUCUGCUUCGAAUGUUGUUGCUGAUUCUCUGAGGAUAGAAUAUGCUGUCUGAUGAUACCUGUUGAUUGCUUAUGUUGUUGGGGUCACCUGCUUUAGAGUCUCUUUGUCACUCUGUGCAUGUAACUAUUUGAGUCUUACAGUACUAUUGGAGCUGCUGCAGCGGCAGCUCCUUCCUCUAGCAGCUGCUUCUUGCUUCAGGUUGCAGGCUGCAGCGCUCUCAAUCUCUCUCGUUUGCAUAACACAGACUCACAGAUGAACACAUGGAUUUUGGCGAUGGCUGCCUCUCACAGCUCAUCCUUUUUCUCUUCC